GUCUAAACUUUGUCGAGUACUUAUGACUAUUUAUACUAAAAUAGGAAAGAAUUGUUUUUUGAGACAAUCUUAGCUUUGUUUUAAAACACGAACGUUAAAACAUAAAAAGAUGAAGUUAUACGGUAGAAAGAGAUGCGUUAAAAUUAACUAUUACUAAAACUACAUAAUCUGUACCAUGGAUACAUACUGUGUGCUAGGGUUACAUAGUAUGCACCACUGUUGGGCUUCAUAAAAAUAAUUAAGAACAAUGAAGAACUUAAUAGAACACUGCAUCAAUUGCGAGAAACGUUUUUAUAAUGAGAACUCAAUAACUUUUGAAGAAAAAACUAUAAAAGAGGCUGCGCAUUACGAAGAAACAAAGAAAAAAUGCUGCAGCAAUAAAACAUUAACUCUUAUCAAAAGUGUUGCGGGCGGACAGCUUUUAUCACUACUGCUGUGUGGCUACGGCACUUUUAUAACGGCUCUCGGGACGCUUUAUGGUAUACAUACACCAUGCUUUAAUGCUUCUAUCACGUAUGGUAUGAUAGCAUUUACAUUUGGUAUUUAUGUGCUAGCUAGAAAAAAUAAUAGAAAAAUUCUACAACUUCAUUGGUGGAAAUUCCUUAUUGUAACUUUUAUUGAAGUAGAAGGUAACUUCUUAAUUACAAAAGCUUACGGCUACACCACCUUGACAAGUGUUCAGUUAUGUGACAGCUUAACUAUACCAACAGUGAUGGUAAUUUCAUUUAUAUUUCUUCGGAUUCGUUACAAAGUUAUACAUUAUCUUGGAGUUGCUAUGUGCUUGGCUGGCUCAGUAUUACUUGUAUCUUUUGACAAAAACGACAAAAAAAAGAACGCAACUCAUGAGUUAACAGGUGAUAUAAUGGCACUUAGCGGAGCUAUACUUUACGGCAUAGCAAACGCUGGGCAAGAAGUUCUUGUUAAAGAAUUUUCACCGCUAAUGUAUCUAGGAAUGGCUGGAAUAUAUGGGUUCAUCAUUUCAGCUUUACAAACAGUAAUAUUAGAAAGAAACCUUGUCCGAAGCAUAGUGUGGUCAUAUCAAAUAACUCUUCUUUUUAUUGGCUGUGGUAUUUUUCAGUACUUUUACUUUUCAACUAUGCCUCACGUGAUGAAAAUAAGUAACGCAACAGUAGCAAAUCUUUCUCUGCUUACAGCAGAUCUCUUUACGCUUUUGGUUGGAUUGUUUUUGUUUCGAUACAAGUUUUCCUACGUUUUCUUUAUUGCAUUUGGUUUUAUCAUUGUUGGCCUUGUGGUCUAUAACGUUAAACCUGCCCCGGAAGCACAGAAAAGGCAAGAAACAUUAAAAAAGAAAGAAACAAUUUAUUCAACUUUUAAUUCUGAUAGCCAAAAUAUCAUUUUACACACAAAAGAAUUAGUUUGAAGAAUCAGCAACUCGUUGUACACUAACACACAUCCUUAUGAGAAUUAGAUAAACUUUGAGUUCUAAGUAA